AUGGCUGAUAGGUCGGGACGCUGUUGGAUCGCUGCUCGUCCGCCAUACAUGCAAACUGACAGCCAACAUCCUCAAUACCUCAAGCAGCCACAUAAGCUGACAGACUCGAUCAUGAAGAAUUGGUCUCCCAUCAAUCAACCAUUAUCAAGGAACAUCUCCCAAGGACAAUUUGCUUCCAAGCUCAAAGCACUAGACAACUAUUUCAACCCCCCACCAUCCAUAACAAUGGCCAAGUUCGGAUUCUCCGUAUUCAUGCUCCUGGGUCUGCUCUUGCUGGCCACGGACGUCCUCGCCACCCGCGUCAAGUACAACGCGUACUACAACCAGGUCGUCCACAAGGAUGGCAAGGAGGUGACGGAGAAGAAGACCAAUUCCGACAUGCGAACCAUCCCCGACGACAAGGAGACCGAAGUGAAGGACGGCAUCCACGGCUGGUCCGGCGGCAAGUACCGGGCCCGCGAGAGCAGAUUCAACAUGCUCUACAUUGAGACGACCUCGACUCUCGCUUCCAACAAGGAGGCCAAGGACGCGGUCGAGGACAUGCGAAGCUUGGUUAACAAGCACAUCAAAUAG